AUGUCUGCGCCGCGCGAUGCCGCCGAGGCAACAACGCCCGCGCCGCCGCCUAAGCCGCGGCUCAAGAUCAACGUCAGCCGCUCAUCCUCCUUCGUCGGCGACGUCGGCUCGGCACAGUCACCACGUCCGCCCGCCUCGGCCGCUCCCUCGGUGACGCCCAGCGACGGUCCGCGCAAGGUCAAGCUCAAGAUCAGCUCGUCGCAGCCGCCCACGCCGGCGGUGGAGAGGACGCCUCUGCCGCAGCUUCCGCCUCCGCCUCCGCCGCUGCUCAAGACCAAGGCAGGACGGCAGCCGAAGCCGAGCCAGAAGCUAGUCGAGAGCAAGAAGCGGCCCAUCGACGGUGGCGAAGAUGGCGACGAGAACGGAAAGCAUGCCAAGCAUCCUAAGCAUCCCAAGCACGCCAAGUCUCACCCGCCGUCGUCGGCGACCAAGAUCAAGAUACGGCAGGCCUCGAAGGCGGGGCUGACUCAAUUGGUGCUCAAGCCGCGAGGUCGUCCGCCGCAUCACCCGCCCGGAGACGGCUACGACUCCGAAGCGAGCGACAGGGAGCUCGACCCGGCCAUCGAGGAGCAGUUCAUCCUGCGCAUGCUCCCCGGCGAGCAUUGCGACUACGUCCGGUGGUGCAUGGAGAACGGCAAGAUGGGCGUGCCCCGGAGCCAGGGCGGCGCCGACAUCGCCCUCAAGUUUUUCGACGAGGACUCGCGCCGCGCCGCCGUGACGGUCAAGGGUCAGCCCUUUGCCGCCGUCAUGCUCGACCUGCCGACGAUCACCGAAGCCAUGAAGACGUGGGACAAGAAGUCGCUCAUGAAAUCGGCCGACAUCUGCCAGAUGCUCUUCGUUUUCGCCACCAUCAAGGACGAGAGCGAGGCAAAGUCGGUGCCGCUGCCGCCCAUGAUCGACGGCAACUUCAAGUGGCCGCACGGCCUCACCCCGCCCAUGCAUGACUGCGUCAACCGCCGGUUCGCCAAGACCAUCAGCCGCAAGGAGAUCGAGGACAAGGAAGCCGAGGUGGAGCGCCUGCUCGCCGAAGACGCCAAGGCGCUCUCGACGAGGUGGGAAUGGGUGGACGAGCGCCAGAUGGACGCCGAGGACGAGUACGGCGCCGACGAGGACGCUGAGGGUGAGCUCGACGACAGCCUCGGCUAUUUCGGGGAGGACCAUGCCCACGACCACCACGACCACGACCACGACCACGACGGCCACCCCGCCGAAGACUUUGACGACCCCAGCCUGCAGGCCGACCUCGAGGCGGCGUUCGAGAACGAUCUGUUCGCCGACACGCCCGCCACCGGCAUGGACGCGUCUACGCCCAUGAUGCAGGCCGACACACCCGCCGCCGCUCUGCACGAUAGCAUCGAGAACGACGAGGAGGAGUCGGACGACGACGACGACGACGAUGACGAUGAUGACGACGAUGAUCUGGACGAGGACCAGCGAGCUCGCCGUGACGAGGAGCAGGGCGUGCGCGACAUCAUCAAUGACAUGCAGAAGCAGCUUACCCGCCGCCGGGAAGAUCUCGAGAAGACGGCCAACAAGAUUCUUCGCUCUCGGCUGGAGAACCAGAUCAAGCAGCUCAAGUCCGAAAUUGAGCUCAAGAUGUCCUCUAUCGGCCUCGAGAUGGAUGACUGA